AUGAGCGUCGUUGGUAGUUUGAUCUUCUGCGUGGACUGUGGUAAUCUCCUGGACUCCUCCAACAGCCAGAAACGUAUCAGCUGUACCGAUUGUCAACGCUCAUACGACUCGUCCAGUUUCGCCAACCUCAAGGUUGUGACCCGUUCCAGUGACGAUGCCUUCCCAUCGGCACUCCGGUUGAAGAAGUCCGUCGUCAAGACCGUGCUGAAGAGCAGCGAGCUCGAGGAGGGAGCCACGAUCAAGGAGAAGUGUCCGCAAUGUGGCAACGAGGAGAUGCAAUACCACACAUUACAACUGCGUUCAGCUGACGAAGGUGCCACUGUCUUCUACACGUGCACCGGGUGUGGCUACAGAUUUAGAACCAAUAACUGA